UCCGGCAGGAAAAUGUACACACAUUGCGAAGGUUCCGCCUGUGAACUACUGCUAUGGAGACCGGGGACGGCGAAUUGCCGGGGCCGCUGUGGGUGUCGGAGACUUUGCGGGUGCUUGCUGCUGCCCUGCGGGAGUGCGGGGCGCCCUCUGCCGCCUGGUUCAAGGAAAGCAGCCAGAAGAACCUGAGGAGCCGGGACUUCCUGGUGCCCCGCGGAGCGCUGAGGAAUUCCUUCCCCGAGGGAGAGGUUCCGGCAGAGCUGAUCCAGAAGCUGACGACUAUAAAAGUCCCGGGAAUUCUCCCUAUAAGAAGAUGUCUGCAGACGGAAGCCGGGCUCGUCAUCCAGCUGGACAGACCUGAAACUUUCCAUCGAAUCCUGAGAGACUUCACGCCGUAUCUGAAGCCCGUCCCGUCCUCCUCGGAUGGUGUACAGACCACAUUCAUCCUGAACUGCGUCCCCCUGCAUGCCUCCUCCAGUCUGGACACCUUCAAGCUCAGUCACCUUAGAGCCGUAUUAGUAGCAGAUCACCUGGCGGAGGUGCUCAGAUUAAAAGGGGAACAAGUCCAUCUGAUUCCUCCAAUCAGGAACAAGGAAGUUGGCGACUUUUUGAAGCAGCUGGGGAUCACUUGGCCUUCUGAUGUUAAAUCUCCAGAGGUAGAUCAGAACAUUUCUAGGUACAAGCAUUGCUUGAAGGAAGAACUUGGCAGCAACAGUGUCAGUGUGAACUCCCACCCGCCUGCAGAUGAGUCUUCUGUGUCCGUCCUCUUCAGUGUACAUCUGAAAUCCCGCGCACAGGAGCAUGGCCUCUGCCUGGAGGGAUAUGACCCGAAUAUCGACCAUUUUCUGGUCAGCGAGGAAGACCUGAACCAUGUGGCACAGCUGGAGAAUUCUGUCAAGGUGUCUGUGAAGGGGGCGGUACCCUGUGCUGUUCUUCACAUUGUGAGCCGCGAGGAGGAGUUCCACCAACAGAAGCUGGACCUUCUCUGGAGGUUGAUGGAGUCGGGAGCAGCAGCUGUCACUCAGAAGCAUCUAAUUUGUGGACCAGUGACAGUCCUCAGUCCACAGUCCCCGGUCAGCUGCGCUCAGUACUUUCACUUGCGGAAGACCCAGAUGCACAAAGCUUCGGUCAUGAAGUACGGGGACUGCGUACAAGGUGACAGCUGGGAUGAAAUUAUUGACUCUCUCACUUCAGCUGCAAUCAAAUUUGAGUUGAUGGCAACACCUCAUCGUACACAGGUAAACCUGAAUUUAGAGGACACAAACAUUACAACAAAAGGAACAAAAAGCGGGGCGUUUGUGAUGUAUAACUGUGCCCGGCUCUCCACGCUGUUUGACAGCUACAACAAUGCCGUCAGCCAAGGACUGUAUCCAGAACUUUCACCAGCUGCUGAUUUCAACUAUUCCAGCCUGAGCGAGGAGGGAGAAUGGCUCCUGCUCUUUAAUUACAUCCUAAUGUUCCCAGAGGUCCUAAACGAGGCGGCACAGAUCUCACUGACGUCCCCAGGCAUCCGGGUCACAGCCAGCACCGAAGCGAUCUGCAAAUUCCUUGUCAAUCUCAGUAUGGACUUCAGCUGCUACUAUAACAGAGUGCAUGUCCUGGGGGAGCCGUUGCCCCAUCUCUUCGGUUUGAUGUUUUCUCGCCUGCAGCUGAUGAACGCCAUUAGGAGUUUGCUGCGUUCCGCGCUGUCUACAUUCCAUAUACAACCUCCGGCCCAGAUAUGAGUGUUGUGAGAACAAAAGUCCAAACCCGGCAUGGUAAAGACAACCCUGACCAGGGGGGACGAGGGGUUGUCUGAGCUGAUGCAGAAAAUGCACAAUUACCCGGGACAUUGACAGUACCCUGCAUCGGGAGAUCAGAGGAUUUCAUGCACAGAGAGGGAGACCAAAGAAGAGACUGGAAGGAAAGGAGCAUGUAUUGUGGAUGACCAGAGGCAUAGGCUGCCAUUGCUUUGAAGCAGUGUUUUUCCACUCCAGUCUUCAAGGUUCCCCAACAGGUCAGGUUUUCAGGAUUUCCCUCAGAUGAAACAGCUGUGGCAAUUACUAAGGCAGUGAAACUGA